AGGGGCGGGUCUAGGGCCGCUGGCUCUCAGGUGACCUGCGGGUGACUCAGGCCGCGCCGCACUUCCCGGAUCCUCCUCGCCUCGCUCCGGUGCCGGCCGGGACCAUGCUCGCCCUGACCGUGGCUCUGCUCCUGGCCCUCGGCUCCGUGGCGCGGGCCGAGCCCCUCAAGUUCGUGGACUGCGGCUCCAAAGAUGGGAGCAUCACAGAAGUGAACGUGAGCCCCUGCCCCACACAGCCCUGCCAGCUCCAGAAAGGGACGUCCUACAGCGUCAACGUCACCUUCUCCAGCAAGAUCGACAGCCAGGGCAGCAAAGCAAAGGUGUAUGGGGAGAUACUCCAUGUGGACGUACCCUUUCCCAUCCCUGAGCCUGAUGGAUGCAAGAGUGGGAUCCAGUGCCCCAUUGAGAAAGGCCAUUCCUACAGCUACCUGAACAAGCUGCCUGUGAAAAGCGAGUACCCCAGUAUUAAACUGAUUGUCCAGUGGGAGCUGAUUGAUGACCAAGGCCAGAUGCUAUUCUGCUGGAAGAUACCUGUCCAGAUCACCAGCUAAGGAGCCCUGCUUGCCCUUCAUGACCAGAGUGUUCCUGCGACCUGCAUCUGCCAUCCAGAGCCAAUGGAGGGUGAAGAGAGGGGACUGGCACUGCCACUUGUCUUCCAUAAGCACUGGUGUCUCCUUGGCCCAGCAACUCUACAGCUGGGAGAAUGCUUCCUCUGUGCAGGCACAAACCCAAACUGCACACAGCAUCGCUGCAGGGAUGACUCUUACUAACCAGUGAUGUGCACUGCCUGCUAACUUACAUGGAGCUGCUGCUGGGGGCUCUUCACCCCUAACAUCUUUUUAUAACUUUCCUUUUAAUAAAGGCUCAAUAAAAACUGCCAUCUGCCUGUUU